CCGCGGCCCCGUCCUAUUCUUCUCUCCAGCCAGACAUCCGUUUGCACGCGUCUUCGACUGCUCACCUUGGUUCUGCUUGAAUUUGUCACCACCCGACUGUUGCUCUACUAGUUGCUGCUCGCUAGUCGCACGUAGUCCCGCCGUGACCCUUCUGCUGCGCACCACUCCCACCACUCCUCACCACCCUGUCGGCGCUGUUUGGCCUUGCUUUAGCGCCCUCUAGAUCCUCCUUCAACCACAUCUCUUCGCCUCAGACCUCACCAGCACCCAUCCCAUCGCCUACCAGAUGGCGACCAGCGACCCCCCUGGUCCUCCCACACCCGGCACCCCCGCUGUAGCUGCAGCUGUGGAGGGUGCACUUUUCCCACAGCAGUUUUUGGCCCUCAGAGCGCUGGUUGAAUACGGCUGGAGCAAAGAUCGUAUUCACGUCUUACUGAGGAGAGGCUUCUCAGACGCAACUGAUCUUGUCGGUGCUCUGGACCCAGAAAGCAAGGACAAGAUUGUAGGCUCGUUGAAUCCGCUCCAAGGCAUUUCCGAGACUACUCUGUCGGCAUGGUUUGAUAUUAUUACCAUCAGGUCCAGCGGUAGACGAACUCCUAUCGAUAACAGCCCCGACACGAACAUGGAGCCCCACUCCCACCCCCACCACCUGAACACCCCACAAGGAAGCUCAAGAUCAACGAGCCGCAGGAGGUCUCAUGCUGAAAUCUCCAAUGCGGAUUCAACGGACAUCACAGAGCCUUCUCAGGAGGUCCAGGAAUCCCUAGGCAAGAGGCGCCGCCCCCCCCUGCCUCGAGUACUCGUCCAACGCCAUUGCCCCUUUUGCCUAGUUCACCGCAAGAGACCGAAGCCUUUCGUGAACCAGAAGUCUCUGGAAAAUCAUAUCUUGAAAGAACAUCUACAAGACUCGGUCGAAGGUACCAGGUUACAAGAGACUGAUCUACUUGGUUGUGGAUACUGCCCAUGCGACGAUAACCUAGACUUACAAGGGAACGCUUUUCUCAGUCCCUCGAAACUCGCUCAUCACAUCGCUAGCGACCACAGCCAGCCUAACAGCCAACAGCCUGUUCGUCUUAAUUGGUCAUUCAAUGCCUCUUUCACCAACCUUCUUUCAGGGCAGCCAAACCUCAGGCGGCCCUGUCUGCGGUUAGUCGGCGACAAGGUUGAAGACAUUAAGAAGAAACGGAACCUGUCAAGUCUGCGGCUUGGACUAUCAUGGAAACUCUCCCAUGAAACUUGUGCUCUUCUGGAGAAGCUCCAAUAUCUGGGAGGAAAGCUCCAUAGUGGCCAGACUUCCCUCGACCAAAGCGUUCCUUUUACGCAUAUUGAUGGGAAUGAUGAAGCUGAAAUAAAAAAGCUGGUGUCUGACGCGUACAAACUCGCUCAGAAGGCAGAACUUGAGGUCAAAUCACACCAGCAAAAUUCAAUCCAAAACAAUCCAUCAAUACGUGUAGCACAACACCCGUCUCCUUCCUCUCAACCUAAGGAACUAGCGGGCGUUGGUAGCGGCGCAUACGAUAAAUCAUUGUGGCCGACUGCUGCAUCUCCCUCUACUCCAGCCCACUCGCAUGUGGAUCCUGUUGGUCCAGGCCCAAGCUACCUUCCUACUUCUUCCCGCCACAUGAGCCCACACGGAGCCACAGGCGGGGCCAACCACCAAUACCAGCCCUUGGGAAGUCCUUUCAUGACACAACAUCAAAUGCUCUCGCCUACACAGAAUACCUUCCAACCUCACGGCCAGGGCCAUCUUUCUAUGGCACAGGGUACUGGGGGUCCGUUCAUCCAACCUGGGAUUCGCCCAUCGGCGUAUUUGCCUAGUGGAGGGCCGAACUCCCCGCUCGUGGACAAUUCUCAGAUGUGGGUUAGCGGCCAGGCUGAGCGUUACAGUCCCGUGGAAAACACUAUCCAUAGCCACAGACUACCAAGCGUAGGUCAAACAAAUCAGACCAAGAUGUACGAUUGGAGGAACAUCACCAAUCGGAAUCUAGGAAUACUUGAUCCAACCCAGAUGACGCAUGCCGAGAUUCUCGAAUUCGUGCACAGUCCCAACCAGAACCAGGGGCAAAUGGAUGAAGUCCCUCCACAAACGUACCCCAUCCGCCAGACGCAUCAAGAUACCGCUCAGUACUAAUAGAACCUUUCCAUUCCAAACAGAAAUCCUCGGCCACCGGGGAGCAUGCACAACGGCUAUGAUCAAUGCUAUUAGACCCCAUAUGUCACAUGAUGGUCCCACCGUUCCAUCUUCUUACCUUGAUAUCUCGUUGGUUCCAUUAUACUUUAUGACUCUCAAUGUUUAACCAUGUACUAUACCCUAUGAUAUCUUGGAUGUACGCAGCGAUUGGCGCUCGCGGAUUCAUAUUUACUUUGUUUUGCGCUUUGGAAGGCUUUGACUUCGUUUGGGCAUCUGGCAUGGAUUGGAAAUUUUGCAUACUCGGGUUUAGCUGCUUUGGCAUCUAUGAAUCGGAUUUUCCUACUUUUUAAUAGGUCAGUGCAUCAUUAGAUCAUCGAAAGUAUUGGAGACGCGUUUGCAUACCCGCUUGGC